CCAUUGCAAAUCUUAUUACUUUGGUUUUCGUGAAGAGAGCGGCGAGCUCAAAAGCCAUCGCCAACCUCAUUCCAUGCAUUUCAAUUCUCUUUAGCCAAUACAAUUCUCAACUCCUCAAUUCCGAUUCUCAUCCAUGGACGUCUGCAUUUUGAGUUCCAAUUUUCACUUGGCAACGGUGAGGAAUGGUCGUCUUGGACGUGGAGAAAAUGGAAUUCUGGGGGAGAAAAUCAGAAAUAGUCUCGGUCACAGUAACAAUAGCAUUUGGAAGAAUCAGUUGACAAGUGGAAAGUGCUUGAGGAAGAUCAAUCAUAGGACUUCCUUCUCUUGUGUUACAUCCGAACAUGAUCUGAACACUUUGACUGUUCAGGCAACUCGAGUUGAAAGACAAAGAGUAAACCCUAAAAAUGUGGCUGCAAUUAUACUUGGAGGUGGCCCGGGGACUCAGCUCUUUCCACUUACAUUGAAGACGGCUACACCAGCGGUCCCAGUUGGAGGAUGCUAUAAACUUAUAGAUAUUCCAAUGAGUAACUGCAUCAACAAUGGCAUAAACAAGAUUUUCAUCCUCACACAAUUCAACUCUGCACCCCUUAACCGUCAUAUUGCUAGAACAUAUUUCGGAAAUGGUGUGAGUUUUGAUGAUGGAUUUGUGGAGGUUCUUGCAGCCACUCAAACAGCUGGAGAAGCUGGUCUUAGGUGGUUCCAAGGAACUGCUGAUGCUGUAAGGCAAUUUAUUUGGGUGUUUGAGGAUGCCAAGAACAAGAACAUCGAACACAUUCUUAUCUUGUCUGGCGAUCAUAUUUAUCGAAUGGACUAUAUGGACAUUAUCCAGAAUCACAUCGAUAGAAAUGCUGAUAUCACUGUUUCAUGUGUGCCUGUUGGCGAAGGUCGUGCAUCGGACUAUGGAUUGAUGAAAUUUGAUAGCAAUGGACAAGUUGUACAAUUUGCUGAAAAGCCAAAGGGUGAUGAUCUAAAAGAAAUGAGAGUAGAUACUACACUCCUUGGAUUAUCUGAAGAAGAAGCCUCACAAGCUCCUUACAUUGCUUCAAUGGGUGUCUAUGUGUUUAAGGCUGAUAUUUUAUUUAAACUUCUGAGAAAUAGAUAUCCUACAUCGAAUGACUUUGGAUCCGAAAUCAUACCUUCUGCUAUCAAGGAACAGAAUGUCCAGGCAUACAUAUUUCGCGAUUAUUGGGAAGAUAUCGGAACAAUAAAAACUUUUUACGAUGCUAAUUUGGCCCUCACCAAAGAGUCUCCAAGUUUUGAAUUCUAUGAUCCUACUAAGCCCAUAUUCACAUCACCUAGGUUCUUACCACCAACCAAGAUCGACAAGUGCACUAUUAAAGAUUCUAUAAUUUCACAUGGCUGUUUCUUAAGAGAAUGUACUGUUUCACACUCGAUCAUUGGCGAAAGGUCGCGUUUAGACCAUGGUGUUGAGCUUAAGGACUCUUUAAUGAUGGGGGCUGACCAGUAUCAGACUGAAUCAGAAAUAGCAUCUCUUCUUGCAGAGGGUAAGAUCCCAAUUGGCAUCGGAAGCAAUACCAAAAUCAGCAAAUGUAUAAUCGACAAGAAUGCAAAGAUAGGGAAGAAUGUAAUAAUCAAGAACAAAGAUGGUGUUGAAGAAGCAGAUAGACCGCAGGAAGGAUUCUAUAUUCGAUCAGGGAUAACUGUCAUACUAGAGAAAGCAACAAUCAAAGAUGGAAUGGUUGUCUAAUUUCAGAAAACAGAUAAG